AUGUCAGAAGCUCUCGCCGACAGCAACUGGGAGGGCGCCUUCCAGAAGGCCCAUGGCCGAGCGCCCACCCGCGACGACUACCGCAACUACAGCAAGCUAAAGGCCCUGGGUGGCAAUUCGGCGCAGAAAAAGCGGCUGCAGCGGCGGCACACGGAUUUCCCAGGCAAGCCGCCGGCCCCACCAAAGCGCAAGUCGGCAGAGCCCCAGCGCAGGCUGAUCGAUGAGCAGAAGGAGCGGCAGAUCCAGAAGAGCGAGCACGCUGUUGCAGAGUCCGGCGACCAUGCAGACGAAAUUGAGGCGACGCCCAAGCGCCGACGCACUACGGCGAUGGUUUUCUCGCCAAUUACGCAGGCAGCAGAGUCGGACACGACGGUUACUGAGGAUGGAGACCCCAAGCAGAUGGCGGUUGAAGAUGUGCCGCCGGUGCCCUCGCUGUUCCAGAGGCAGACGCCAUCGGUGAGUCGGUCAGCAAUGAUGGCUGCACGCCGUGCUAGUGCUGGGCCAUUUUCUUCAGUAUCGAGCACCAGCUCAUUGUCGUCGCUGGGCGAACCAGAGGAUCCGAAGAGCCGGCGCAGAACGCUGAUCGGCUCGAUGCGCACAUUGGAUCCUGGGAGUGCACUGGUCAAAACCACAUCUAUCCCGCUGAGUGCCUUUGGAGCGCAGUUCCGCGGAGCCUCAGCACUUGGAGACGCCGAUCUAGUCGAAGACGCUAGCAACAACAGCCCGGCAGGAAAGUCUGGGGACAGUGACGCUGAGACAAGCGCAGCACGCGUCCGCGUCAAGCUUAGACCAGUGGACCAUGACGGCAACGCGAAGAUGCGAAAACCCAAAGAGGACACGUCCGGGCUUGUCAGCAGCAACUUUUACAAAUUGCGGCUGCGCAAAGGCAGGCGCGGGGCGCCAUCUGCUGAUGAACGGCGCACGGCCAUGUACAAGCGUAUGGAUGAAUUCGACGGCGCAUUUGACGAGGAGCUGAGCAGUGAAGCGGAAAAUGCUGAUCCAGUGCCGGUGGGAGAGAGUGAGUCCCAAGACCAUUGGGCAGCCAGGAUGGUUGCGGGCAAACCGCUGUCGUUCUUUGUAGCCGAUGAUUCUUCAGCGGACAAGAAUUCCUGCACAGUCAGCGAAAAGUUCAUCGAUGGCCAUGAUGUCACGGUCGAUACACUGAAGGUCCUGAAGCAUGUCUGGGGCCACGACCAGCGGAUCCUCGGCUGCCGCUCCACGCUUCUCCUCCUUGCCACUGGCUCUGGAAAAUCGCUUGCCUACCAGCUCCCCUCCCUGCUUCUCUCCUCGCUCUGCAACGGGCUGACUUUGGUUGUCACCCCACUGAUCUCGCUGAUGCGCGACCAGAUCAAGCAUCUGCCAAAGGAGUUCCAAGGCAAUCUGCAUCGGCUGGCGUCGGGUCAGGUCCAGCUUAUGUUUGUGUCACCGGAGCGGCUAGCGAGUCCACGGUUCCAUGACCUGAUGAUGUCUGAGCGCACGCCGCAGGUGCAGCUGGCGGUCGUCGACGAGGCCUCAUUGUCCCCCGUGUUCUGCGGCCUGCUCAAUGUCCCCUGCGUGCUAGCCAUGACCGGCACUGCCACCAGCGCACUGGCUACACAGGUAUGUAAAAUGUUUGAUAUCGAUGCUUCCGAAGGUGUUAUCCGCGGCGACAUAGUCCGCAGCAACAUCUCCCUGAGCGUCGUGCCAGUCUACAUGGGCACCAACGCAAAGAUGUACAAAAAGUCCUGUGCUCGCGAGGAAGCCCUGCUUGGGAUCCUGCGCCAGCCAGAGAUGGCUGCUUUGGAAUCGAUCCUUGUCUAUGUUGCAACCCAGACAACGGCCAAUCGAGUGGCCGAGUACCUGACCAGCCGCUCCAUUCCCGCGCAAUCCUACCAUGCGGGCAAAACAUCCCGCAGGAAGAAAGCAGCCAUCCGCGUGCUGGUGGCCACGGUGGCAUUCGGAAUGGGCCUGGAUAAGCGCGAUCUUCGCGCAGUCAUCCACUUCAAUCUGCCCAGAAGCACAGAGGCGUAUGUGCAGGAGGUCGGCCGCGCUGGAGCAGACGACGGCAUGCCGUGCAGCCGCACCAGCAUUGAUGCGACACGCACACGCAGCUGGGCAAAUUCUGACGGGGUCGAUCUGGCAGCCUUCAUGCGCUCGGCCAUCGCCAAGGCCAAGCAAAUGCGCUCAUCCAGCACCCCGCCCGGCGCGGCGUGGCAUGCAACCAAUCUGGCUGUGCUCUGUCUGAAGUCGCUGGAGGCAGAUCUGGAUGCCGAGCAGGCGGUUGCCCAGACCUUCAUCAGCUACCUGGCGCUCCGCGAGCCAGCAGAUCUAGGCACGUUAGCGGAAUCCCAUGAGCUGUUUGCAAAGCUGGCCGACUUUGCUGCCCCGCAGACCUACUGCAGCGCCAGCAAACGCACGUCCACACUGACUGUCGAUAUCCUGGACUUGGCCACGGCCUUGGGCACCACUCCCACCGAUGCUAUCUCUGAACUGUACAGGUGGAGGGCCAAGCGCGAGAUCAUGCUAACAUGGCUCGAGCCCUCAGCCGUCGUCAAUGUGACCCUGGAUACCGGCCGGUUCGCGGAGAUGGUUGGCGAGCCAGGCAAGUUGCCCAAGGACUGCGAUCCAGAGGAAUGGUGGGUUGAGCAGCUAGCCAUGCAUAUCGAAAAGCACAUUGCCGACUUGGCCUCUGCUCUGGCGUCCCAGAACGAGGCGAUGGUGCGCGGGAAUGUGCGCAAGGUCGACGCACUGGCGGAAACCAUGGGUGCUGCCGCCGUGCUAGACAAUGGGGGCGCACAGAACUCCUUCCUACAGGCUGCCACUGAGGCGUAUUUCGCCGCCACGCAGUCGGACCGUGAUAUCGCGGUCCAGCGCAUCCAAGAGAUAGCUGGAGAUGUGCCUGCAUGUCUAGCUGACGAUCCGGCUGGCAGCACAUCUGUGACUGGAUCGGAGCCGGUUUCGGAUGAAGCCAGGAGCCGCAUCUGCCGCUUCAUUGCGCAGCACGGUCAUGAGGUGGCGACGGGUCGUGCUGUGGCACGCAUUUUCCACGGGCUCUCUAGCCCAACAUGUCCAGCGGCACAGUGGUCGUGGUGCGUCGAAUGGGGAUGCAUGGCGCAUGUGGAUUUCGACGCCAUCCGCCAAUGUGCCCAGACAGAGCUCAUCCGCAUCCACUGCCAGACAGUGGCCGAUACCUCAUGUGCUUCUCAGUUGUGA